AUGUGGGAUUUAUUUAAAUUGGAAGAUCAGUACAGCCGCUACCCUGAACUCCAAGCGGAAGAAAUUGAAAAAUUACAACAAUGGAUCCAUGCUCAGCCCCACAUGCCCAAGCUGACUGCCCAGGAGGUUAUGUUAUUCUACUAUGCCUGUAAAUGCAGUACGGAAUAUACCAAACAGGUGAUAGAUACCUAUUUGACCUGUCGCACCCAUGUUGAUGAUUUCUUUGGGAAUUUGGAUGUAGAACGGCAGGACUUGAAACGAGCCAUGAGAACGGUGGCCUGUUUUCCUUUUCCUCGAAGGACUCCGGAAGGUUACGGCAUACUUAUAGGGAAACUUAUCGAUAUGGAUUCAUCAAAUUUUAGUUUUGCCGAUUCCAUAAAACUAUACUGUCUUAUCCAAGACAUUUAUCUUCAAGAGGUGGGAGUGCUACCAGGAGUUAUUUUUGUGAUAGAUUUUACUGGAUGUACACUGGGACACAUUGCCCGAAUCGGCAUACUACAAAUGAAGAAGUUUCUGUUCUAUUUGCAGGAAGCACUUCCUGCCCGUCUUGUGGGUGUACACUUCAUCAACAUUGUACCAUUUAUCGAUAAAUUAUUGGCCAUUAUGACACCAUUUAUGAAAAAGGACCUCCUCGAUAUGUUCUAUGUCCAUAGUAAUAUGGACAAUUUCUAUAAAUUUGUACCACAUGAAAUAAUGCCGGCGGAUAAUGGUGGCAAGGAAAAACACUCCAAGGAUUUAAGAGAGAUUUAUUACGAUAAGCUGCGUAAUAACCGACAGGAUGUUAUGGAAUAUGAUCACAGUCGUCGCAUUAAUGAAAAGUUACGCCCAGGCAAGCCAAAAAACGCAUCCGAUUUAUUUGGUAUUGAAGGCAAUUUCAAGAAAUUGGAUAUAGAUUGA